AUGGAUCGAAGUUGGAUAAGUAAACCAAGACGGGACCCUACUUACAAAGAUGGCGUCGACCAAUUCUUGUCUUUUGCUUUCCGUGACCUUCCACUUGAUAGCAAGAUAUCAUGUCCUUGCAACAAUUGUGAAAACAGAGUAACCCAAAAUCGUGAUGCAGUUGAGACACACCUAAAGUGUGAUGGUAUACUUCAGGGUUAUACAAUAUGGAAUCACCAUGGAGAGGAGUAUGACCCACCAUCAUUUGCAUUUGCUCAUUUGCCAGAUAACAAUGAGAAUCUGCCUACUCCGGGUGUCCUAAGGACUGCAACAGUCGAUGGACAUGGAAGAUUGGAUGACAUGCAAGGAAUGCUACAAGCUGUAUUUGCUAUGCCAGCAAACUAUGAAUCUAUAUCAAGCAUGUCUGAAGAUGAACUAGGUGAUGUUAACAUAUAUCACCUAAAGUGCUUACAUGGUUGGACACAAGAGUCUGUUACAAAUCUACUUGGUGUACUAUCUGAUGCAUUUCCACCUGAGGCAAAUCUACGAAAGACAUAUUAUGAGGUGUUAGAUGUGUCUGAGCUUGACAAGCUUAAAGACAAUAUCGUGAUGACACAUUGUAACAUGGAGAGAACUUUUGUUCCACCAUUUUUUACUAUAAGUGUGCAUUUGUUGGUGCACUUGGUAGAAGAAGCAAAACUUGGUGGUCCUGUGCACUACCGGUGGAUGUACCGUCUAGUAAGAUAUUUUGUUCGGCUAAAGGCACUUGUGAAGAAUAGAGCUCACCUAGAAGGUUCAAUUGCUGAAGGAUAUCGAAAUGAAGAAUGCAUGACCUUCUGUACGAGAUUCAUUGAAGGAACUACACGGUUUACUAGACCAUCCCGAAACCCUGAAGUUUCAGACAAGAUAAAAGACAUGUACCUAUUUGAUAGUGCAGGGGAAUCAAUUGGAAAAGCUAGCAUUGUUGCCCAAUUUAGCAAUCAGCUUCUUGUUCAAGCACAUCGAUACGUCUUGCGCCACUGUGAUGAACUUCAAAUUUUUCGCAGAAUUUUUUUGGAUGAGGAGAAAAGCAGACUUAGUCCCUCAACUAGCUUAACACCUUUUAUGGUAGAGAAGUUGAUUAAUGAACGCUUUCAUGACUGGUUGGAACAGAAGGUUCUACUUGAUGAUGGACCAGGGAUCACUGAAAAGGUCAGAGCACUAGCUGAAAAACCGAGCAAAUGUGGUGUGCGAUACAGUGGUUAUAUUAUUAAUGGUUUCAGGUUCCACACCAUGAGUUGUGAGGUUGCACGCUUGACACAAAAUAGUGGUGUAGUCAACAUUGCAGAUGAUGGUGUUAAUUAUUAUGGUAGACUAUCAUAUAUAAUAGAAUUGUCAUACAGAGACUUCAUGGUAGUGCUUUUCAAAUGUGACUGGUAUGAUGUCCAUCAUCGUGCUGGUUUACGGAAAGAUGAAUUUAGAUUCACUCUUGUGAACUUUUCUCGAAGAAUACACACCAGAGAAAAAUUAGAGCAUGAGCCUUUUGUCUUCUCUUCACAAGUGCAGCAAGUCUAUUAUGUUGAAGACCCAAAAGCUAAAGGAUGGAAUGUAGUGGUGAGUGUUACACCACGAGAUCUUUUCAACAUGGGUACUGAAGUAUCAGCAAAUGAAGUAGAUGAGUGA